AUGGAAGAAAAUAAACUGAGCGGGAAUAAACCGAUUCAACUAGCUUCCUGGUCGAACCAAACGGGGUCUCCAGAAAACAAUGGUAGUGAUGUACAAAGUGUUAUUCAAAAAGCUUUGAACCUGAUCCGACAAUUAAACAAUAAUGGGCUGAUGAGCCCGAUGGAAGAAGACCAUUCGCAGCCUUCAUCUUCACAGGAGACACUUAGUGUCGAUAGAGAGAUUAAUGAACAAAGCCGUUUGCGUCUUAUCCAAACAAAAGGUAAUAAUUUACAGAAGGAAGUAGACACAUAUUCUGGCCUGGUGGAUCCUGUGUACGCCAGAGAGAAUAUGCUAACCGUUUUGCAAUCAUUAGUCUCGCAUCUGAAUCAAGCUGUCAGCCAAAUACAACAGUUAAAAUUUAAGAAUAUGAUCCUUACUUCAAACGAAAAUAAUAUACAAUCAAGGCAUGAAGUGGAAGAUAAUCUCCAGAGACAACAAUUUGAAAGAAUGAAAUGUCAAUUUUUAUUGGAACGUCAAAGUUUAAAGAACCAGUUACGAAAGCGAGAAAAUAAAAUUGUUAAAUAUAAGCAGAAGAUCAUUGAGAAGAAUAAGAAAUUAAACAAUCUUGCGAAGGUUCUUAACCAACAUGCUAUAUCAGAUACCUCUCAAAUAGAUAGUUUUAGUAGCUCCGCAAAGAAAACGCCUUCGUCGACCACAACGCCCCAAGAAACGAAGUCGGACAUGCUGAACACUUUAGGAAUAUUGGCCACACACGUCUUAAAAGAUGAAAUUGAUGAUGAUUCCGGAAAUCAAACGAUUUUACAACUGGCUGCAGGGAGUAUAAGCAACGAUUGUAACACUACGGAGUUAGAAAUUACGUGCAGUCCCGAAAUGGGGAAGACUGUUCCACACAAUCGACCAAAUACUAAAGUUGAGUUAGUUCAGAGUCCACAUGGGAAUAGGACCCUCCAAUUGCCCAAGAUGAAAAGUUUUAGUACUAUAGAUGGAAGCAUUAAAGAUAUUAAGUGA